AUGACACGAGCUCAAUGCAAGCAGAAACUUCGUUCUCUGAGACCUGCGGUUUUGAAACCCUCAAACGCGCCAACUUCCAGUAUCGUGUUGCAGGAGCUCAAGGACGUUUGCUCGAUUCAUGUUUCGCCCUCAGGCGGCAAAUCCUGUUACGCAGUCGAAGUGUUAGCAAGCUCCCCACGCGUUGAAUCAGUCACCGCCACCAGCUCGCGACUUUCUACAACUGACAGCACCGACAGCGAAGGAUCCGCCGCGGUGCAAGUCAACAGAGGGCUGCAGGACUUUGUCUAUCUCCACGAGAGGGUGUUCAAUAUUGUGCGGCGGGCUCAUCCGUCCCGCCAGUGCAGGUUCUGCUUGAAAAUAGCAGAUCUGCUGGUGUUUGGUUCAAGCCCUGACGGGCUUCUACUUCGAUUUCUGGGCAGCGAGCGGGUGGCACGACGACUCGCCAAGUUCAUAACAGACUUGACGGUUCUCACAGCUCAGUGUUCUCCACUUGGCGGUCGAGAAAGUUGCUCAGGCCAGGCACUGGUUGUCCAAGUCGUGUACGAGUUGUUGCUAACCCCUAGUCUAAUAUAA